AAUUCUGUUAGAAGGGAAAUGAUCCAGUGUGAGCAGCUCUAGCAGUGCAUGGACGUGCCUGCAGCAUGUGCAUGGUCAUGGUCUGCAUCUGUAUAACCAACAAUAUCUACCUUGAUUUUGUCGAAUAAUCCAUUGGGAGGAAGGAUACCGGAGUCUAUGGGGAACUUGACCCGGUUGGAAGUUUUGGAAAUGGUGGGUGACCGUUUAUCAGGGAAGAUUCCAGAAGGAAUUGGGAAUGCUCAUGAAUUGACUUCGAUUAAACUGUCGAAGAAUUACUUAAGUGGAAGAAUUCCAAAGAAGGUGUUGAAUUUGGAUAAGUUGGAAGUGUUUGAUGUCUCAAAGAAUAGACUAAGUGGAGAAAUUCCUAAACACAAGGCUAAUAUUCCUGCUUCUUCAUUUUUGUAUAAUCCUGGUAUUUGUGGUACUCCGCUCCCUCCUUGUAAGCAUUUGUAGUGAUUACUCAUUAUUGAAUCGAAAAGCUUUGUACUCCAACUUUGUAAUACGAGUGUCUGAGACUCACAUAUAUAAUAAUAGUGUAUAAUAGUACAAUUACUUACGAGUAUACAUUUAGUAUUCUCUAUGAAUUCUAUUGUGUUACACUUUUGAACUUACACCCUGUUCGGCAAAAUUAGCGGUAGCAGGUAGCGGUUAGCGGUUGAGUAGCGGGUAGCGGUUAAAGUAGCAAGUAGCGGUGAAUAGUAGCGGGUAACGGUUAGCUGUCAAAGUAGCGGUAACUAAUAUGAGUUUUCGGUAAAAGUAGCGGUUGAUAUUAUAAAAAUAAAAAUAAAAGCAAGAAUAUUAUUUAAAACUUUAUUAUAAAUUUGUCAAACGCUACCCGCUACCUUAAACGCUACUAAUUUUAACGUUUGACAAAAGCUACCCAACCGCUACCUCAACCGCUAACCACUACCUAAAUCGCUACUUUACCAAACACUUACAAAUUUUACAAGUAGCGUCUUGACUAGGU